UGGAGGAAAAUAAGCGUCACGUCUCACAAAAAACGCUAUUAGCUACACUCAGAUCCGCGUAAUCGCCUCAAUCAUACAGCGAUACGAGAAAAUACGCUGCUUUAGACCUUUCAGACUUAUUUUUCUAGACGUAUCGUCUCUUGAAUAGCACAGAGAUGAACUCAGUGGUGCACCUGUGGUCAGGUGUGUGUGCUCUAGCGGCGCUCCUGCUUCUGUCUGUCUCCGCAGACGGCACGGGUCAGUGCGAUAAUGGAGCCGGCGACUGCAAUAAAUGGACCGAGACGUCUCACAACCGACCCGUUAAUGCAGACGAUGUGGUGACGUACGAGCAGCUGAAGGACAUGAUGUCCAGCGGAAGCGUGCAGCUCUUCGACGUGCGGGAACCAGACGAGCUGGAAGCAGGAUUUAUCCCAGGAGCCGCCAACAUUCCCUUGGGAGACGUGGAGCAGGCCCUCAGACUGAACCCAGAUCAGUUCAGAGAGCGCUACGGCGUCCCGAAGCCUGCUUUCCAGGACUCAGACUUUGUGCUGUACUGCCAGAGAGGCAUCCGCAGCCUCACAGCGCUGGAGACCGCCAGAGAUCUGGGAUACAGCAGGUAUAUGAACACACACACACACACACACUAUAGACGUAAUGGUUUUUAUUCUGUACAAGCUGUAUGUGCUGUUGUCCUACACCAACCCUACCCCUUACAGUCAGGAAACUACAGGCUUUUUUAG